UACAGGACAAUCAUACUGUGAUAGAGAGUAAAGAACGAAAUCAUUUCAGUGUCACAGAAAGGAUCUGGAGCCGCAUCAUGGGGCCACUGAGCAUCUCUGUGUUGCUCUUCACUGCUCUUGUUCUCAGUGGUGCUUUCGCUGCACCCAGAGCUCAGGAACAGCGUGAGAAAUCAGUGGUUUCCGAGAGAGCCGCGGAAAACACCUCUGCUACAGCAAGGUGUGAUUCUGGAUGGAGUUUGUUUAAAUCACACUGCUUCCACUUCAUCAGCCAAAGUGCAUCAUGGGUGGAUGCGCAGGUUCAUUGUAUCACUUUGGGUGGGUCCCUGGUGUCGGUACACAGCCUGGAGGAAUACCGCUUUGUGCAAAAACUCACCCGAGGGGCAGACAACACUCUUCCUAAGACCUGGAUUGGAGGAAUAGAUGCUGUUGAGGAGGGAAAGUGGCUCUGGAUUGAUGGGACUCCAUUUGACUUCACCAAUUGGGCCCCAGACCGACCCGAUAACAAAGGACCUGAACACUGUCUUGAAAUGAACUUUGGAGGGAGAAAACAGUGGAAUGAUUUACCCUGUUCAAAGACCAAACCAUUUGUUUGUGCCAAACAGGCUUCAUAACUUCUAGCAAGGCAAGAAUUUCCUUUCAAUAUCAAUGUUCUCAGCGCUUCGCUCAGAUUGGAUUAAAUACCCCAGUAAUGAACA